UAAAUAAAAUCCUCACCAAUUCUUUGAGCAGUUGAACGAUCAAUCUCCAUUAAUGGCUUCUCUACUGAGCCCACCUCUUAAUUUACCCAUUAACAAGGUUAGUCAUGGAAAUAUAAGAGCUCUUGCCGUAAAACCACCGUCAAAGAUGGAUUAUACGCUUUCGAGAAAAAAUAGUAAGCAAAGAGCGCAAUUUUCGGCAAUAAAAAACAAAGCAUCUUUGGAGGCAGAUGUGCUCGUUAAGGAUUCUGUCAACGUUGAAACAGCUGAAAACAAUGACGAUUUUGGAGUUGUUGGGGUUCACCAUGUUGGAAUCUUGUGCGAGAAUCUCGAAAGAUCGUUAGACUUUUACCAGAAUGUUCUUGGUUUAACAAUAAACGAGGCACGUCCACACGAUAAGCUACCGUAUAGAGGUGCUUGGUUAUGGGUGGGUGCUGAAAUGAUACAUUUGAUGGAACUUCCAAAUCCCGAUCCAUUGACCGGACGACCAGAACAUGGGGGUCGAGAUCGACAUGCUUGCAUUGCUAUUCGACAUGUGUCUAAAUUAAAAGACAUCCUCGACAAAGCUGGCAUUCCUUAUACACUUAGUCGCUCGGGGAGGCCAGCGAUUUUCACACGUGAUCCAGACGCCAAUGCACUUGAAUUUACGCAGGUGGAUUGAUGCAGUGUAAGGAAUACAAACAUACUUAGACCUGUAAAGAUGUGUAUCGAGAUCUUGUAUCGGAUAUUUCGAUUUGGAUCGUUGAAUUCGCAUUGCAUGUCGAUAGUCAAUGUGAAUUUGAAUUGCAUAUCAAUAAUCAAUGAACGUGUUUACGUUUAUAUGUAAGAGAAUGUAAAUGUCAUACUAUUUUCUAUCUAUACAACAAAAAUUACUC